AUGGAAUCUGAUGAAGGUUAUAUAUAUAAAUCUCCUUCUGUAGUUUGGCUUCAAAAAGACUUACUUUUAUACGGCUCAGGGACGGUUUUAUACGUUUUCGAUUACAAGUUGAUCGACGACGAUUUAGUUGUGGUUGGCUUUGACAACAAAAUUUUUACAGUUUAUGACAGCUUUUUUAAGGUAUUACUAACUGGAAAAUUUAAUAAAAAAAUAUCAUUUAUCGCACUAUUUAAGGGCAAUGCAAUAAUCUGUGAUUUCUUCGGAGAUGUUUCUAUUUUGAAACUAAGCCUUGAUUCUACCAAAAGUUCUAAAAAUAGAGAUAGUGACACACAGUUGAACCAAGAGAAGACUAUCGAAGCAUCAGAAAGUGCAACUAGGGACAAACUAACUAGUGGCAGUGGAGAUGUAAUCAUACCCUUUUCUCAUUAUAGUACCAUAACAUCAUCCUUGAUUUACAAUGAUCUGCUAUUUACUGGAAAUAAAGACGGAAAGAUAUUCGUCAACUCACUGUCGAAUUUACACGAAAUAAAAGACAUUUACUUAUCACACAAAAUUUGUCUGGAUACAAGGGAGGAUUUAGAUUUACUACUUUCUCUAUCUAUUGACGAUUCUAUACGGUUUUGGGAUAUUAAAACAGGUUUGGAAGUCCACAAGAUUACCAUUGAAAACACUAAAUGUUUAAGUUAUUUUUUAAAGUCUAGUGGAAAUUUGAUAAUUCUUCUUUGCUUGGACGAGAUUCUUGUUAUCAAAUUCAGUUUUUCCAAACUAGAACUAUUAGGCUUUCAAAUGUACAAAUUAUCUUUCACAGCCCAAAUGUGCUCAUUUAUAGGAGAUACCUUGUACCUAAUUGACAAUUAUUCCAGCCUAUACAAAGUUGACAACAUUAGUAAAGUCUGUACAGAUAAUAAAGUAAAGGAUAAUAAAAUAGUCAUACCAGAUGAUUCAGCUAUCCUGGACAAUGUAGUGUGUAUUUAUAAAGGCGACAAUAAAUGCAACAAGAUAAACAUUAAAAAGAAUGUUAACGUGUAA